UUUUGGGGCAAACACUCCCCCAUGGGUGCAGCAGUGAUUCGGCUGCUCCCCUCAAAAUCCAGUAAGGUGACAUGAGGUAGAAGAUAACAUUGUCUGAGUACAAUGCUAGGUGUUAGUGCUGCUAAGCUGUAGACCUUGUGCUAACAACUGAGUCCGUCUUUGGUCUUGGUCAGGUCACAAAGGCUAAUUUUUUUAAUGACCUCUUACUUGGAGAUGAUAGAUGCCUAAGACCUAAUUGGCAGACAUGCUGAGCACACACAACUCUCAUUGACUUUACAUGGGGCUGUGGUUGCACAGAACCUUGCUCCCUCUGGCUAGAUUGCUAACAAUAGCCACUUUUCAAAAGGUUGGCCUUAGUGUUUUGGCUUUCAUUUCUCAAUCAGUAAAAUGAUAAUAUGUUUAUCACAAGUGUGAAGAUAAGUUUUAAUGCUCAUAAAACACCUUGAAAAUGAAAACAGUUAUAGGUGUUAAGUAUUUUUCAGCGCUGCUAUGGGUGGCUUAUAGUUUUCCUCAUGUUUAAAUGAUACAGCAUUAAUAAUAUCUAGAUCCUGUCUAGCACUCAUAAAUCAUUGAGAAUGAUAUCAAAUUUAGUAGCAUAUAAAAAAGUAAUAAUGUCCCACAGAGGUCAGUUUUGGGGCUUCUGGAGAUAGGACAUGAUCUAGGACUAUGAUACAAGGAUUUUUUGGAUGGGGAGUUAUAGAUAAUUCUUCUAGUGCUUGGCCUCACCUACUUGUUUGGUCUCGAAUCUUGGAGCAUCUCUCCUGCUCACCAGAAUGGCCCUUCACUUGAUUGAACACUGCUCCUUGUCAAGUUCUUGCCUCUGACUAUCCCCUGCAUUUCUCCAGCGUAGCCUAUGUUCUAGUCACCCAGAGACUGAACCUAUAGUAAAAGCAGGGGCAGGGGCAGACCACGUGUUAGAAUUAUGGGCAUCUGGUAUGUAAGGCUCUGCCUUUUCAAACCUCCAGGCAUAGCUCUGUCCACUCUCCACCCCCAGAAUGCCUAUUUUAGACAUUCUGGGGGCGGAGUGUUGCUGCCUUCAGUGCCCGCCCUCCUGGUGCUCCGGGUUUGGGGAGGCCAGGCCUCACCACGUGGCAUGCCAACCUUGCUCCUUGAGGGCUCGAGAGACUAGACCGGGCCGGGCCACAUGGUGCAGAACACCCUGGUGCUCAAGAGGCUGGGCUCAGCCAGGUCACACAGCACAGUGUGCCUUCCACCGGGACUGGAGGGGCUUCCUUCCCCCUGGUUGGAAGGGGGAAAUACAUGUGUGGCAUUCCGCCCCACCUCCUGGGUGUGGGGAAGGGACAGAAGCAGAAGGGGUGGGGCUGGAGGCUUGCCUCCCCUUACCUUGUCUUCACCAACUGCCCAUGGUUAGAAUGUUACUUUGUAUGUUUAGUACAGCACUGUAAUAAAGAUGUAUUGAAAGAGGGGAUUUAGAGAAAGAGGCAAAAUAAAGAUGGGUGCAGAGUACACCCUGUAGUCAUCUUUAAUGUAGGGAUGUGGCUCACAGAGAGAAUGAUCACAAUGCUCCUUUUUGGUCACCAAAGUUGAGUCAAGGAUUUUAAUGUAUAGAAAUGUAUAUGAAUACCAAGAGCAUCCAGUUAAAUUCUUUUUCCCGUCUAAUAUAUAUGCUAUGCUAUCACCAAACUGUUAAGGGGUUUCUUACACCUUCCUCUGCAUCAUUUGAUAUUAGCCACAGUCACUGACAAAACAAUGGCUUUGUUGGCCAUUGGUUAUAUGCAGUAUAACAAUUCUGUGUUAAAGGAAAGACUAGCAGCCAUGCAAAUGAAGAUGGAGCAUUGCUUGUAUCAAGAUAGCCAAUGUAUCUUCAGUGAGGUAAUGAGCGAAAGUGGUGAUGACUGGCUCUCUCUCAUGCCCAUUGAACCCUUGAAAUCUCAGUGCUGUGGCAGUGGCUGCAAACCUUGUGUCUAUGAUGUGUAUCAGAAGGAGCUAGCCCAAUGGGAAGAAGCCAAAGCAAAGAAAGACAAAAGCCUCCUGACCAAACAAAAGGAGGAGAGUAGUAAUUCAGAAUUAAAUCCAGAUACAUUUACUGCUUUCAAGAUAAGCUCUGUGGAACAGCUAACAGAGGACACCUACUACUAUAAAUUUGAGCUGCCAGAAAAUAGCAGCCUGGGAUUGAGUUUAGGACAACAUAUUGUGUUAAGAGGGAUGGUGAAUGGUUUGGAAAUUCAGAGAGCUUAUACUCCAGUUAGUCCUGUGAAUGCUGAAGGAUACUUUGAAGUUUUAAUAAAAUGCUAUGAGGCUGGGUUAAUGUCACAAUAUAUAAAAUCUUGGAUUGAAGGAGACACAGUCUUUUGGCGAGGGCCAUUUGGAGGCUUCCCAUAUAGCCCUAAUCAGUAUGGAGAACUUCUUAUGCUUGCCUCUGGUACAGGCAUAGCACCAAUGCUCCCCAUUCUCCAGUACAUAACGGAAAAUGAAGAUGAUGAAACCUUUAUAACUUUGGUUGGUUGCUUCAGGACUUUUGAAAAUAUUUACUUGAAACCUCUUCUUCAAGAUCUGUCUCGAUACUGGAACAUCAGAACGUGUUUUGUCCUUAGCCAGGAACCUUCCCUGGAAAAACUUCCUUGGAGCUAUCAGGAAAACACACAAACUGGCCAUAUAACUGAGAACUUGAUUAAGAAAAUGAUAAAUUCCUGUAGAAGAAAGCCAUUUGUGCUCAUUUGUGGCUCAAUAGCAUUUAACGAAGAUAUGACUAGAUGUUUGAAAUCCUUAGGACUCAAAGAAGAUUCCUAUUUUGUAUUUUAGUAGUGUGUUUCAGACCUGUUUCCUCUGAAAAGAAGUGCAGGACAAGCAUAUACUGUUUGCUAUUUCCUGUGCAAACAUCAAUACGGACUUAUUUUUUGAUCUGUUUGGAUUUCUCAUGCAUAUAUUUUCAAAUGCUUUUGGAUAAAUAUUUUCAUACAGUG